AUGGUCAUUCGAGACAAGAUCUUCAGCACCAUCACCGAAGUCUUCAAGCGCCACGGCGGAGUCACCAUCGACACACCUGUAUUCGAGCUGAAGGAGAUCCUCUCUGGCAAAUAUGGCGAGGAUAGCAAGCUCAUCUAUGACCUUGCCGACCAAGGCGGCGAGCUUACCUCGCUGAGAUACGACCUCACGGUCCCAUUUGCUCGUUUCCUGGCCAUGAACAAGGACAUUCAGAACAUCAAGCGCUACCACAUCGCCAAGGUCUAUCGCCGAGACCAGCCCGCCAUGACCAAGGGUAGAAUGCGAGAGUUUUAUCAGUGCGAUUUCGAUAUUGCUGGCACCUACGACUCCAUGCUGCCCGACGCCGAGGUCAUCCGAAUCAUCACCGAAGUCUUUGAAGGCCUAGGAUGGAACGGCGCAUAUACUAUCAAGCUCAACCACCGCAAGAUCCUGGAUGGCAUCUUCCAGGUCUGUGGAGUCCCUGAGGACAAGAUUAGAACAAUCUCCUCUGCAGUUGACAAGCUUGACAAGCUGCCAUGGGCGGAUGUCCGAAAAGAGAUGACCGAAGAGAAGGGUCUGGAUGGGGAGAUUGCAGACCGUAUCGGAGAGUGGGUUGUUUUGAGAGGACGCCACGAGCUGCUCGAGAAGCUCCGCAACGAUGAGAAGCUUUCAGCAAACGAAUCCAUGAAGCAAGGUAUUGCGGAUGUUGCUCUCCUUUUCGAGUAUCUCGAGGCCUUUGGCGCGCUUGACAAGGUUUCAUUUGAUCUUGGCCUGGCUCGUGGCUUGGACUACUACACUGGCCUCAUUUACGAAGUCGUCACCGAAGGCUCUGCUCCUGAGGCAACACCAGGAUCAGAAGCCGCGGCCGCAAAGCCAUCCAAGAAGAAGUCAAAGAGCAACGGUGAGGACGACGAUCGGUCUGAUGAUCCCACCAUCGGUGUUGGAAGCGUGGCUGCCGGCGGUCGAUAUGACAACCUGGUCGGCAUGUUUUCCGGAAAGAAUCAGAUCCCUUGCGUUGGUAUUUCAUUUGGUGUCGAUCGCAUCUUCUCCAUCACCAAGGCCCGCAUGGCCGCCGACAAGUCCGCCGAGCAAGUGCGUGGCAAUGAGGUCGAUGUCUACGUCAUGGCCCUCGGUGGAAAGGGACUAGUCAAGGAGCGCUUAGAGAUUUGCGCAAAAUUGUGGCAGGCUGGCAUCAAGGCCGAGUUUCUGUACAAGGCAAAGCCCAAGAUGCAGGCUCAGUUUAAAGCUGCCGAAGCCAACGGCGUGCCAUUUGCCAUCUUUAUCGGCGAAGACGAGUUGGCUCAAGGCAAGAUCAAGGUCAAGGAGAUGGGCUUGAAGGAUGGACACCCCGAAAAGGACGGAGUCCUGGUGGACACAUCACGCAUGGCGGAAGAUUUGAAGUACCGCAUUCAACGCAAGAGAGAACUAGAGAGUAUCACGAUACAAGCCGAGGGUCUGAAGGUGGUGGAUGGCAUCAAGGGUAACCAGGCAGCCAAGAAGGAGGCUGAGGCCAAGGCAGAGGAACCCAAGGCGGAGGAACCCAAGGCGGAGGAACCCAAGGCAGAGGAAGCCCCAGCAGCCUCAGCGGCAGAUGCGACGACUGAGACCCCAGCUUCAUAG